AGUGUUUGGAGGCGUGAGAGAAAAUCAGAUUAUUCCACGUGUGGAAUGAGGAUCCGGGGCAGAGGUGGGCCAGACACGGCGGUUCGUCACCUAAAACACAAACACACACACGGUGAAUGUGUGCAGUGAUCUGUGCGUAAGUUUUUGGGCACUCAUUAAAACUAAACGCCAAACCACACACACACACACACACACACACACACACACACACACACACACACACACAAACAAACACACGCGCGAUUUGAUCACGUUACACAGUUUAUUUACUGAAUAGAGUCUGAAGUCGGUAGAUGUGUGUGUGUGUGUGUGUGUGUGUGUGUGUGUGUGUGUGUGUGUGUGUGUGUGUGUGUGUUCCCACUUUUAAAUUACACCAAACGUCCCAUUUUUCCACCUGCAGCAGUGAAUGUGACCUGAAGGUGUAACUCGUUGUUUUACUCUGGAACAAUGAUGCAGAGCUGAUGAGGGAUUCUGAGGUUUGGAUCCAGAAGCACAGAAGCAGCACAGAAACCUCCUGGACUUGAUGUGUCAGCAGAGUUAUCUACUCUCCACUGUUUCUCAUAUUUGUGCUUUGUGAUGUUUUACCUACAGGUUUUAUUGUGUGGGAGGAUGUGACCCAGUUUAAAAACUGCGUCACAAUGAAACUGAAAGUAAAGAAACAUCUUUUGGCGCUGAGAGCAGACGCCAUCUUGUCCUGUGUUGCUCAGAGGCAGCACAGCCGUGUUGUGGUUUUCUGGUUUUCUUUUCUCCGGCUUCUCGCUGCAGGACGGCCUGAUGAAGGAUGUCAGUCAGGGCAGCUGGUUUCCCACUGAUGGUAACUGUGAUGCUCUUCUGUUGUGCACUGGGUGUGGGUCCGUUCACGGUCAGUGUAGCUCAGGACGUCUACCAGGCGGAGGAGCGCAGUAACGUCACGCUGACAUGGCUCUUCCCUGUCGAGGCUGACAUGUCUGCUCGCUCACUGUACAUAGACGUCACGUGUGUGACAGUGAGCAGGAGGGUUUACCUUUUUGACAGCAGCUAUGGAACUGACGUGUACCCCGAUCAGCUCUACGAGGGGCGGGUGCGGUGCAACGCAGAGCUCGCCUGGAAAGGACGGAUCGAGUGUGUCUUCACUGAUCUGAGGCUCAACGACACAGGCACCUAUCAGAGCAUUGUUGUCGUUGACAAGCACAGCAGCCACAAAUCAUGUAACCUCAGUGUCACAGCAACCAGCAUUCAACCUGUGCACGAGACAUCGAAGCCAGAGGGCCGGGCAGGAGCGUUUGUAGAGACAGAGGGGAGCCACAAUGCCAGCGAUUUUGGUGUGAGGAGCGAUGACCGAGGUCACCUCAGUGUCACAGCUGCUGCUGAUUCCCCCAGACCUCACAGACCCACUGUGAACCCACUGCCAGACAGUCGACAAAAGCUCGACAUCUAUGGUAGACUGGGACUGGUGGGAAUAUUAGCAGCAGCAGCUCUGCUGAUCAAACUCUGGUUUUUCUCAAGAGCAGAGGGAGACACAGAGAGUCACCUCCCUCAGUCAGGAACUCCUAUCCGUGCCUUCAGGGUGUUUGGGGUGUGAUUAUUUUCUGGCAUCCACACCCAAGUGUCUUAUGUGCUCAGGCCAAUGCAAGUCAUCAGCAGAGUCCUAAAGUAUGCGAGAGCUGGUGACAGUAUUGUCAGACAUCUUGCCGAUGAUUGCAAAUGUUCUUGUCCUCUACGCCUUCGUCCUCCACAUUUUCGCCGUUGUGGGAGUUCAACUGUGGGCAGGGCAGCCGCUGCUUCCUCGGAGAGGACAUCCCCAAAAAGUACAACGUGUCUCUAGCUCCAUACUUCCAAUCUAAGUAUGGUAUAAAAAAAAGCCCAUUCAUUUGUUCGAAUGGCAAGAAUGGGAUGCGGCUCUGCCAUGAUGUGCCACCUUACACCAAGGAUGGGGAAACCUGCUCACUGGCGGACCCUGCAUUAGCUGGAGCCAGGGUUAACGGCUGUGUGAACUGGAACGCGUUCUACAAUGUCUGUCGUGCCGGGGACGACAACCCUUACAUGGGAGCCAUGAGUUUCGACAACAUCGGCUAUGCCUUGAUAGCUGUAUUCCAGAUUGUCACACUGGAAGGAUGGUCAGAAAUCAUGGCUGCUGUUAUAGAUGCUAAUUCCUCCUGGCACUUUACAGUUUUUCUGAUCAUCACCAUUAUGGGCUCCUUUGUCAUGGUGAAUGUGUGUGCAGUUGUCAUUGCCACACAUUUCUUAAAGACAAUGAAGAGAAGGACACAAGAGCCGCAUGCUGGCAUUAUCCCAGAGACCUGCUACAAAAUAGUCUCCUGGCUGAGGACGAUUAUCACAGAGACCUGCUACAAAAUACGUCACCAUUGAGAAGAUGAUCAGCAGGAUCCUGCAGCUCAUCAUCCUGCUCUGUAUAUAGUUGUACAUAUUGUUCUCCUCCCUGUUUUUGUUUUAUUUUACUUUUAUUUAUUUGUUUAUUGUUAUUAUUUUUUAAUCUUUUCAUAUAUUUUUUAAUACAUUUUAAGGUAUAGUUUAUGGAUAAUAAAUUGUCCAUAAAUUAGAAGUUGUCAGUUUGUCUCGUCCUCUCUUUCCCUCUGUCUCCUCAGCAGGAGCAUGAUUGUAUAUAGUAUUGUACAUAUUGUUCUCCUCCCUGUUUGUUUGUAUAUUUUUAAAUACUUUUUACUGUAAAUACUGUUUAUAGUUUAUAUUUUGUUGCAUUGUAUUAGAGUUGAUAAGUUCUUCCAGUCAGUUGUACAUAAACUAGUAGAAAUAAGUAA